GGACGAUCGUCACUUCCUCUUUCUCUCUCUUCCUCCGAGACCGCCACCAUGUCUCUUGUUAUCCCGGAGAAGUUCCAGCACAUUCUUCGUGUUCUGAACACGAAUAUCGAUGGACGCAGGAAGAUUGCCUUUGCGAUCACUGCUAUUAAGGGUGUAGGACGUCGUUAUGCACAUGUGGUUCUUCGUAAAGCCGACAUCGAUCUGACAAAAAGAGCUGGAGAACUCACAGAAGAUGAGGUUGAACGCGUAGUCACAAUUAUGCAGAAUCCUCGUCAGUACAAGAUCCCAGACUGGUUCCUCAACAGGCAAAAAGACAUCAAGGAUGGCAAAUACAGCCAGGUUUUGGCUAACGGUCUGGACAACAAACUCCGUGAAGAUCUGGAGCGGCUCAAGAAGAUAAAGGCGCACAGAGGCCUGCGUCACUUCUGGGGCUUGCGUGUCAGAGGUCAGCAUACAAAGACCACUGGACGUCGUGGACGCACAGUUGGUGUGUCCAAGAAGAAGUAAUCUGUUCAGCUAUGGUGUUUGUCAAUAAAGUUCUGUAAAAAAAUAAA